AUCAUGCGGGUUUCAAGUCAUCCAGAGGACGGUGGAAGCCAACUGAAUUCUGAUGACGAAUUCCUUGGGCUUCCUUCGCCAACCUCACCACCUCAGUUUAUCGCCGGACAUUUGGAAGACUUGGAAGAUGCCCUCCUGUGUCCUGACCUUGAACCUGCCUACCAGAAUGAUGACAGUGAAGACCACAGCAGUGAGGACGGUGAUGGUGGCCAUUCUGAUGACAGCAAUGACAAGCAUGACAGCAGGCGUGAUCACAGUGACAAUCACAGCCAGGAUGAUCAUACCAAUGAUGUCUACAGCAACGGCUAUGUCAAACUGCAAGAACAAGGAAUGUGCACAGCUUGCUGUCACCUUUGCAAUGUGCAAACUAAGUUGGAACUCAGCCACAGAAAAGCUGCAGAGAGAAGAGGAAAAGCUGGAGAAGUGAAAGGGAAGGAGCUAGAAGUGCACCCCGAGUGGGUAGCAAGAUGUCAAUGGAAAGAUCGUGAAGCGUUACUUUCAGACUCCCUUUUCGAUGAAGGGGUCACCAUGUCAGUAGCAGGUCUCCCAGAGAGCAGUGGAGAGGAAGCAAGUCCUAAUGAAGGAGGCCUCAUGUCCCCCCGGUUUGUGCCAGGACAAUUGGAAGAUUUGGAAGAUGCCCUUCUGUGUCCCGAGCUCCAACCUGACAUGGAUAUGGAUAUGGAUAAGGAAGAAGAGGGGUUCACUUGGCUGGAUGGGUGCAGCUCGAGCUGCGUCCCAGCUGCACUUCCUUGCCUGACUUUUGCCUUUAUGAGUUGAGCUGGGGGACCCCUGCUGCUUCUUUGUAAUGUCUGGAGGAAGCCCCAGGCAGCCAAUGUGCACUCAGAUUCUAGAGGCUGCCAGUGACCAGUAGAGACAAUGGUGAGGUCACUUUGGACAUUGCAUGUAGGGCUCUCCUCAGAUUCACCCCCUCUUUCUCUCCACCUUUCAUUUUUCCCUAGUUGGGAGCUGAAUGGAAGAGAAGUCCAUCACACUAGGGGAGC